AUGGGAAAUACAUCGUCUCAGCCUGAACCAUACCCCGAAAUUCCUGAGGAUUUUGGAGAUACCAUUCCUGAAACUCCGAACUCUUCCAAGGUUGCGACGAAGAAAAAGAAAAGCAAACAUUUCCCCUUAACAUCCAAGCCUUCAUCACCAGCAAUUGCGGAAGCCAAUGGUCCAAGCCGCUCCACAGAAUUAGACUCCAAUAUGUCCAAUCCUUCCAAGCGAAAGCGCGAGUCUGAACCUGAGCGCAAGCAAAAGUCCAAGAAGCAUCGCAAAUCAGAAAAGUCCGUUUCCGAGUCAGCUUCACCAGAGAACAACCCACCCCCCUCUGCAAUUGCUGUUCAAAAUCCCCCCACUCCCAGCCAACCCUCUCCAUCAAAGCCCAAGGCGAAGAAGGCUCACAAGCAGAUUGGUGAAGACUUGAAAGCCGUAACUACGUCCAUUUCUCAGCCUACCUCCGACUUACCGCUUGCAGAAGAACCGCCUGCUGUAAAGCAGCUGGCUGUCACCAAGCAAACUCCAGCCCCUGACUCACCCAAUCCAGAGGGUAGCACCACGCCAGGAGGCAGGGCCAAGGGGGUUAGAGGCUCACGCACCAGGGAGAAGGACAAUUUGAGAAUUGGCUUCUAUACGCCCGAUGAAGUGCGAAAAAUCGAAGCAUACAAACUCAAUUUUUGCACUGUGCAUGGUAUUCCUAGCGCCAAAUUCGACGAGAUGGUCCAGCAUUCUGAGCGUGGCGCAAGCGGCGAAUUCCCAGUCUCUGCGGAUGUCAUCUCAAAAGGCGACUUUUGGGACGAGAUCUACGCUCUUGUGCCAGACCGAGAUCGACGAUCUGUGUACCGAUUCAUGCGCAGACACUUCCAGGCUUCGGCUCAAAAGGCGCAUGAUUGGUCUAAGGAACAAGACGAUGAGCUUAUCGAGCUCCACGCCAAGCACGGUCCGAAAUGGACUUAUAUUGGUAAGCUCAUUGGGCGCAGUGAUGACGAUGUCACUCAGCGCUGGAAGAACAAGCUUGAGCACCAGGGCACCAUGAACCAAGGCGCCUGGUCAGAGGAGGAAACCAGGAUUUUCCUUAACGCCGUGGAAUCAACGUGGAACACCAUGAAGCCAAUGCUUGCGGAAAAGGCAGGCAAGGAUAUGUACGAGCUUGAUGAACGCCUCAUUGUAUGGGGUAACAUCAGCAAGGAGAUGGGACAUACACGGUCUCGACAACAAUGCGCAGACAAGUGGCGCAAGAUUGUGAGGCAGGUCAUGACCAUGCGGGCCAAUGGCCAGCCAGGCGCUGUGUUUGAUCCCAAAAUUGCUGCUAAGAAAAGUGCCCACUGGAAUUUGAGACUGGAGGCGCAAAGGAAGAGCUCCCAAUUUGUGAAUGAGGAUUCUGAUGACGAUGAAGCCACGAAAACCACCAACGCGAACCUAAAGCCCAAGGGUGAGACAGUUCCAUCACCCAUCACCGAUGAGAAUGUCGAGUCCAACCACGAAGUGCAGUCUGAGGAGGGUGAGCCUGACUUGCCCGAGCCUCCCAAAAAGGCUAAGAAGUCCAAGCACAAGCACAACGAGGAGCCCUCCUCCUCUCCCAUCAAGGAAGCCCCGUCAUCUUCCGUCGCUCCUAAAAAGAGCAAGGAGGAAAGGAAGCGUGAAAAGAAGGAGCGGCGAGAGAAGGAGAGACAAGAGAAGGAAAAGCAAGAAGCCCAGGAGGACAAGGCCGCACGCAAGGAGCGCAAGCGACAGAAGAAAGAGGAGAAGAAGCGACAGAGAGAGGAGGAGGAACUUGCUGCUGCCGAGGAGGCCAACGAGGCACCUAACAGCGAUGCUGAGGCCUCUGAGCCCCCUAAGAAGAAGAAAAAGUCCAAGAGGCAGAAACAAGCCUCUAUUGACAGUCCUGCUCCUUCGGCUGAACGCUCUCGUUCUGUUGUCGAAGAAUCCCCAUCGCCCGCAUCACCUGCUUCCCACAGAUCUGCCACUGAGUACGAAGCUGUCGUCGAUGAAACUGACUCAGACGGCGGAGAUGACAACAGCAGCGAAGUCAACGUUAAGUACGAGACUGACUCGGAUGAGCUGUGA